AUGUUUGUCUGGAGUACCAUAUCAGACUACAUUAGCACGGGGGCUGCCGAAAGCUCAGCUCUAAGAAUGGGCAAAACCAUCUCUCCGGAAGGCAUCGCCGCCAUCACCAAGGCUAUCGAUGACAGCUGUGUCGACGGGGUGAUGGGACUCCCUGGCGUGACCGUCAUGGUGGUCAACAAGCAGGGGGAGGAGCUACUCGCACAUAUAGCGGGAAGACGAGAAGGCGCAGAGUCUGAGGAGCACUUGGCACUCGACGCGGUGUACUAUAUGGUGUCCCGCACGAAGAUGGUCACUGGCCUUGCCUGCAUGCAGCUGGUGGAAAGGGGGAAGUUAUCGCUGGACGAUGUCGAGGCCGUCGAACGGCUCUGCCCUGAGCUGAAGGAGGUGAAGGUCCUGCAGGAUGAUGGUACUUUCGUUCCAAAGAAAAGGGAUCACUCUUCGCAUGCUUCUCUCUCAUACCGACUUACCCGAUACAUAGCCGGGUUUGGAUAUUCGAGCCUCAACAAGAAACUAGCAGGAUUCAAGGAGAAUAUCUGUAAUAUAGAACAGUUUAUGCAGCCACUAGUUAAUCAGCCAGGCGAAAAGUGGGAGUAUGGUAUCAGCAUCGACUGGGCCGGUAUACUGGUCGAGCGAGCAACAAAGAUGCGACUGGGGACGUAUUUUCAGGAAAACAUCUUCGACCCUCUGGGAAUCAAGCAUACGUCUUUUUCCCUGUCUGGCGAGAUGAAAUCCAAGCUGGUUACCAUGCAUAAACGACACCCUGAUGGGAGCCUCAGCCCAGCAGAUGCCCAUCCCAGACAAGCCGUCGUGAACGCCGAGACGGAAGAAGAGCAAGAAUCUCUCUUCCAGAGUGGCGGCGCUGGCCUCUUUGGCACAAUCAGAGACUACUCUAGAAUUCUCGCGGCGCUGCUGAAUGGCGGGACUUCGCCGACUACAAACUAUCCGCCGACACGGUAG